GUACGAAACACCCUCAUCUGAAUAAUUCACACCAGCAUGGCACAGCCUCAGCAAACAGUUCUCAUCACCGGAUGCAGUGACGAUGGCAUUGGCUAUGGUCUCGCCUUGGCCUUCCAACAACGAGGCUACCAUGUCUUCGCCACGGCGCGUAACACAGACAAGAUGUCCAAGCUCAAGGAUCUCCCGAGCGUCACUCUGCUUGCGCUCGAUGUCACGGAGAAGUCCCAAAUCGGUGCUGCCGUUGACGCGGUCAGGAGCCACACUGGCGGCACACUCGACUAUCUGAUUAACAAUGCCGCACGCAAUCACUUCAUGCCCAUCCUGGACGAAGACCUAGACAGGACUCGAGCCUUGUAUGAGACCAACGUUUGGGGCCCCGUGGCAGUGACUCAGGCCUUUGCGCCACUUUUGAUUCCGGCAAAGGGUACUUUGGUUUUCAUCACCUCCAUUUCGGGGUAUCUUAACGUCCCGUAUAUGGGAACGUACGCGGCAUCGAAGCGAUCUAUUGAGAUCAUCGCAGAGACCCUUCGUCUGGAACUGGCGCCUUUCGGCGUGGGUGUCUUGUCGGUGGUGACUGGCGCGGUGAAGACAAUGGGGCAGACCUACUUCGGAGAUUUCAGGCUCCCAGAGAAUUCUCUCUAUAAGUCCAUCGAGGAAAUCGUUGCUGCGAUGGCCCGUGGUGAAGAUGGCGUGGAGAGAAUGGAGCUGAUGACCUACUCAAACGAGGUGGUCUCUAGAAUCAUUCAAGGCGCGACAGGAAAGGUUUGGUAUGGUUGCCACGCCGAGUCGACUCGGCACGGGACCAGCCAUCUUCCGACUUCGGUUCUGGAUGCCGGGGCGGUCAAAGGUACGGGGCUGGACAGGAUGUAGGUAGGAGAAUGGAGUGGGUGGGACAAAGGAGGUCACAUAUUGUGCCAUCCAUCCCACUUGAUCGGUCCCGAUUCGAGGGCCCAAACCUGUUCUGGAUGAGUGACAGCGUGUUGGUUACACAUUACCCAGCCCCCGUCCGAGCUCCAUGAACGGAUGAAAGGAUACGGAGUAAUUGGGGGCGAUUUCCAGCCGGGAGUUUGCCUGUGGACAAAGCUGUUGGAGGCUUAGACUACCUAUUUAGAGCUUCUGCAGUGCUCAGCUCCAUAAGUCGAUAGAUACGGAGUACUCCGUACAUAGGUAGUCCAGGAAAC